AUGGCUCCCGUUCUCAAGAAGUACAAGGCUGCCGCUGUGAACGCCGAGCCUGGUUGGUUCAACCUUGAGGAAUCCGUCCGCCGAACGAUUCACUGGAUUGACGAGGCCGGCAAGGCAGGAUGCAAGUUCAUCGCAUUCCCGGAGCUGUGGAUUCCCGGUUACCCUUACUGGAUGUGGAAGGUCAACUACCAAGAGAGUCUGCCACUGCUCAAGAAGUAUCGCGAGAACAGCCUUCCCUCCAACUCGGAUGAGAUGCGCCGUAUCCGUGAAGCCGCGCGAAAGAAUAAGAUCUUCGUCUCUCUCGGAUACUCCGAGGUUGAUCUGGCCAGCUUGUACACCACCCAGAUUAUGAUCAACCCGGCUGGAGAGAUUAUCAAUCACCGCCGCAAGAUCCGAGCCACCCACGUCGAGCGACUCGUCUUCGGCGACGGAACCGGCGACACUACCGAGUCGGUGAUGGAUACUGAAAUCGGUCGUAUCGGCCACUUGAACUGCUGGGAGAACAUGAACCCCUUCCUAAAGGCCUAUGCCGCCUCACUAGGAGAACAGGUCCACGUCGCUGCUUGGCCUCUGUACCCCGGCAAAGAGACGCUGAAGUAUCCUGACCCGUACACUAACGUUGCCGAAGCCAAUGCGGAUCUCGUGACCCCUGCAUAUGCCAUCGAGACGGGCACUUUCACCCUCGCCCCCUGGCAGACAAUCACGGCAGAAGGCAUCAAACUCAACACGCCUCCUGGAAAGGAACUCGAAGAUCCCAACAUCUACAACGGCCACGGUCGAAUCUUUGGACCCGACGGCCAGAACCUGGUUCCCCACCCGGACAAAGAUUUCCAGGGUCUUCUAUUUGUAGACAUCGAUCUCGAUGAGAUUCAUCUCACCAAGUCCCUAGCCGACUUUGGGGGACAUUACAUGAGACCAGACCUGAUUCGGUUGCUGGUGGACACCAACCGCAAGGAUCUGAUUGUCCAUGAAGAUCGAGUCAAUGGGGGAGUGGUGUAUCAGAGAACCGUGGACCGUGUCGGUCUCUCGACGCCCUUGGACAGUCCAGUCGGAGAGUCGACUACCGAGUAA